UGACGCAAGUUUGGAAAUGGGAAAGACCAAACAUGAUAAUCACCAGCUCUUGGGGUAUAAAGUGAAAGGAUUCCCUCAGUUCAUUCUCACAGCCAACAGUUCUCAACAGCUGAAGCAGAGAAGCAUCUCUUCCACCUUUUCCUCCCAUCUACCGGUCACUUCUCCUCCAACCCUCAGUAUGUCCCGGUUACUCCACGCUGGUUCCAUCAUGAUGGUGCUGCUGGCCUUGUCCUGGUCCAGACUUGAAGCGAUGCCUCGUCCACGACACUUCUGUGGCGCCCACUUAGUGGACGCUCUCAACCUGGUCUGUGGGGACAGGGGCUUCUUCUACAACCUCACGAGAGCUGUGGACCCCAUGCUGGGCUUCCUGUCUCCCACGGCAGGCGGAACCAGAGGGGAUGAAGAUGUGGCUGAACUGAACGUCGUGGUUCAGUGCUGCCACAGACCCUGCAACAUCUUUGACCUCCAGAACUACUGCAACUAGAAUAUCUAAUGUGUAACUUAGCACACCAAUGAAGUGCUCCCCUAGCCUGGCUCCGCCCGCCUAAGUACUUCUGCUCAAUUUGAAUUUCCCUUCAGUAGGCCUACUUGGUCUGGGUCUGCGGUACGUGAUUGGGUUUUCUCUGUCUAAAUUUUCUGCGUUCAAUCAGCGAACAGAGGGAGUGGCUGAGAUCAAUGACGUUAAAGUCAGCUCUCAUUGACGGACAUCAGCCCAACGCAAUUCCCGGCCAAUUGUUAGCGAUUGGUUAUGGCAGAUCCAGAGUGGCACUGGGCAGAUCCAAUAGUUUUAAACAUCAACAGACACCCGCCUUCAAGUGAGUUAACGUUAAAUGAAGUAGGCCUACGAGAGUCUGGACCAGGCUAGUGCUCCCCCCAGUCUAGCUUAAAUGUUCUUGAAUUUUCUACUUUUGGAUAAUGUAGUUUGGCAAAAUUAUCUUUGCUAUCUCGAAUUGCUGUUCUAUUGCUGCAUCAAUCAACACUUUGCUUUUUCCAAAAACAUCAGCUUCUGAGAUUAGACAUAAAUAUUAAUCAGUUUUGCAAGAUGGAAAGUUAAAUUCAACCAUUCACAAACCAAUAAAGGAGCUAGCUAUCUAUGUGUAUACCCAAUUUGUAUAAUUAAUGUGCACUACUGGCAGUUAGUUAACCAAGUUUUUGUUGCAUAAUGGAGUAGGCUAACAGAUUCUUAUUAAAUCUAACAGUUCACAUGAACUGGUGAGCAACACUUUAAAAUUCUUGGCCUUUGAGAUGGUCCAUGUGUGUGACAGUGUGUUUUUUUUUAUCAUAUUGAGAUCAUUCAUUGCAUCCAGUGGGCUAGGACUAUAUAAAUGCUCAAUCUGUGAAACAAAAUUAUUAUGAGUUUAGCAACUAAAAAGGCAAAUAUUGAAUGGAAUACAAUAUCUCCCUGGUAUUGUACUAGAUUACUGCUCAGCAAACAUAUCCUUUGCAAUGAGUUGAAUUUGACUCUACCUUUUUUGUUUCCAUGCUUGGGACACCUUUAAUUAAAUAAAGGCAUGAGGCUUCUAUUUAAAAAUAAAUAAAUAAUAGAUUGACUCCUAAAAAUGGUCAGGCAAAUCAAAGGUGCCUUCCAAGUGGUACAAUUGCAAAUAGGCCAAGGUAAAAGUCCAAGAAUGCACCAAAUAGAACAUGUGAGUGAACGCUCAAACCGUCCAGACUAACUUUAUAACCUGAACUGGUGGGAGCACUGGUCCUCCUAUCCUCCUAAAUCCAGGAAAAGGAGCACUAGAACAACUUUACAAAGCAACACAUACCCCAUACUUUUUCAGAAAAAGUGUAGCUUAAACCUUUGCUGAAUGUAGAUAUGCAAUCAUUAAAGCCGGGCACCAGCAAUAUUAACCUUCAAUCAAAUAAAUGAUUAAGUUAAAUAAAGAGAGCCAUACUCUUGUGACCCUUAUUAACAAUAUCUGACUCAGCCCAUUGACAAUGCAACUCUGAAACCAAACUACAAUUUAGAAAUAGUGGAAGCCCCCACACAGGUUACCAAUGAAGGGAAGGAAUGGAAUCAGAGGCUUUUGCCUGCAAGACAAUAUAAUUUAUUUGAUUAUAAAAUCGGAAUCACUGUUGAUAUCAAUUUAGAAAAGGUGGUAUGGUAUGGUCUGAAAUGAAAGUUGCAGACUAAAUGGUAAGUAACCCUGUACUUACGUAUAACACAGCACACUUUUAUGUGUGCACUCACUUGGUUUAUCACAGCUGACUCAAGUUGUAAUGGAAAUGAUAAUAGAAAUAUAUCAUAAAAAUAAAUAACAAAUAAACAAUUGAGUCUGCUCAAUACCAGGCACCGGAGAUACGAAGGAACAGGCAAUCUUAACUAAAGCAAAUAUAAAUGGUUGACUAUAUAUAUAUAUAUAUAUAUAUAUAUAUAUAUAUAUAUAUAUUUACAUAUACCUAUAGUAGAGAGAAUAACAUUGUUAAUUUAAGGAGCUACUCGUAGUGGCAUAAAUCCGUUCUACGAUUUCCAAACUGCAAUAAUAAACAAAAUCUGCAAG